UCCUUUUUUCCCUCUCCUUCCCUCUUUCUCCACAUCGUGUUGGGCGUUUCCAAACCACUAAAAUAAACGUUCAGCCAGCCACCGCACUCGUCUCUGCACUUCAGAGCUCCUCCAACAUCCCGAUCUGUAAGACCAACGCCCACCUCCUCACUAAAGCCUGAGCUGGUGUGAAAGACACCCUCCUCACCUUUCAGUCACUUCAUCUGGUGUAAAUAAAUAAGAAAAACGAAACUCCUGCAGCCAUGACUGACCUGGAGAAAGCCAUGGAGUCCCUGAUCACCGUGUUCCACCGCUACGCCAAAGAGGGCGGCAACAAGAACACGCUGAGCAAGAAGGAGCUGAAAAAGCUGAUCGAGGGCGAGCUGCCCACCUUCCUGAAGAGCCAGAAGAACCCGGACACGCUGGAUACCAUCCUGAAGGACCUGGAUGAGAAUAAGGAUGACGAGUUGGACUUUGAGGAGUUCGUGCCCUUCGUCGCCGGCCUCACGAUCGCUUGUGAGAAACAUUACAGUUUGGCCAACGAAGGCAAGAAGGGCAAGAAGUGAAGAGUUCACCAAAGAGGAGAGUUUAUGACCCAAUAAAUAUGACCUUUGACUAAA